UGUUGUUAGAACAGUGGACCAGUUCAAGGGAUAACUGAUAUUGAACAGGGGUCCUUAGUCCAUUUUUAUACCCAAGGUACAAGGAGUGGGAUAAGGGUCUUGCGGGUCAUUUGGUGAUUGGCUGAGGCACGUAUACUGGGUGGGGGAAGAGUAAGGCAAAUACCUUCUCCCUGAGUGGGGUAGGAGGGGAGACAUGUUAUACUGCUCAGGAGGACCAGAAAUCUGUUAAUAGCUACAACAUGGGGGACAGAAGGACAAUAAGGGUCUGGUUUUUCCAUUCCUGCAUUCUAAGACUCUCCUUGGUUUUAUCUGCUCUUUAGUCCUUGGGUUACCACAAAUAUGGCUUUAUUUGGAAAGUCCUCAGAUGGAGAAGAUGGCAGACUAAAGUCUCAAAAUAACCAUCUAGUUGGGGUCUGGAUGCCAGAUUCUUUUACAGAACCAGAGAGAGAAGUGAGGAACCAAAAUCAAAAGGCAGAAUAAAGAUGGAGAGGCAAUGAGGAAGUAAAGUAAAAAGAGCCAUCAGUCUUGCAAAACAUCUCAGGAAAUGGCCAGCCUCGGGGAAGGGUGUGUUAGUCUUUUCUUUCAUGCAGCCAGUCACAGGUGGGCAGGGUCGGAUUAUCUCCCUGUGAGCUCAACAAAGGCACUUUUAGUCCCACAGUCAGGCUGACGGGCUGGGUUUUCUGAGGCAGGCCAUUAUGUAUGAUGAUAAUAACAACAGCCACGAAAAGCAAGUCAAAAAAACAGUUCCAACGUGAAGUCAGAAUUAGUUUUUCUCUGCAUUGGGAGCACAGAGUCUUAGCCACUGUAAAAUAGGAGGGAAGGGGGCCAGGCAGAAUUUUUGAAACAAUGAGAUGUUUCAGGGAGAAGAUGUUGUUCAGUCGUUCAAUUGUGUCCAACUCUUUGCCACCCCAAGGACACAACAUAAACCGAUUGAAAUCAAAUGGGUCCAAGAUGGCAGACAAGUCAACUUUGACUAGACCUUGAUCCUCAAUCAGCAAGCUAAAUGACACACUCAGAGGUGCCAUGAUGGUUCCAAAGUUGACCAUCAAAGACCAAAAAGCAGGCAGUAGUCCAACCCCUGGAAAUCCCCUCCCUUUCCUCAAAAUAGUUGGAAUAAUCCUCCCACUCAUUAGCCUAUGAAAUUACCCAGCCCAUAAAAGCUAACCACAACCCCUUUCAAGGCCACUGUAUUCACCCCCUUUGCGAUGGUGAUGUCCCAUGCUCUGUGGAGUGUGUUUCUCUCUGAAUAAAUUCACUUGUUACCUAUCACUUUGUUUCUCACUGAAUUCUUUCUGCUAUGAGACAUCAAGAACCUGAGCCUGGGCUUUCUUACUCCCCUCCCAUCUUGGUGGCUGCUCUUGGUUGGAGGCAUCCCGCACCUAAGGCAGGGAGAUGGUGGCCGCCAAGAAGGUGAAAAAGUUACUGGAGUCAAUCAACUCUAGGCUCCAACUGGUUAUGAAAAGUGGAAAGUAUGUGCUGGGGUACAAGCAGUCUCUGAAAAUGAUCAGACAGGGCAAAGUGAAACCGGUCAUCCUCACCAACAAUUGCUCAGCCUUGAGGAAAUCUGAAAUAGAGUAUUAUGCCAUGUUGGCCAAAACUGGUGUCCAUCACUACCAUGGCAAUAAUACUGAAUUGGGCACAGAUGUGAAAAGUACAACAGAGGUAUGCACAUUGGCUAUGAUUGAUCCUGAUGAUUCUGAUAUCAUUAGAAGCAUGCCAGAACAGACUGGCGAAAAGUGAAUCAUAUACAAUUUUUCUUUAAUAAAACUGGCAAGAAAGCGCUUGUUAAAAAAAAAAAAAAAAAAGAACCUGAGCUUGUAACCAGGUCUGUGAUCUCAGUUUGAAGACUGUGGGUUUUGGGUCAGUUCAAGUUCCAAUCUGGGUUUUGGCUGGGUGUGAGUCCUGGCAUAUGAGUUCAAGUCUCAAUCUAAGGUAAACGGCUUCAACUGGACCACCAGAGAAAUCCCUUGCAGAGAUUCUUACCUUAGUUUCUUCACCUCCGGAAAUUUUCUAUGGUGACCCCUAUGUUGCUUUUGUAAUCACAGAAAUGUAACACGUGUUACAGACUGAACCAUGCCCCUCAAAUUCAUAUGCUGAAGUGCUAACCCCCAGUACCUCAGUAUGUGGCUGGAUUUGGAGAAAGGGCCUUUAAGUAGGUAUUUAAGUGAAAAAGGAGGUCAUUAGGUUGGGCCCUACUCUGAUAUGGACCCUACUCCACACUUCCCAAGUGGCACUAGUGGUAAAGAACCUGGCUGCCAAUGCAGGAGACCUAAGAGACAU